UGUAAAUAAUUUCGAUUUAAAUUAUUUUCUUCAAUGAGAGAUUAAAUAUAAACAGUUGACACAUUGCGUUCCUUUGAUAAAAAUAAAUAAGACAUCAAUUUUACACUGGUAAUAAUUUAUACUUGUUUGUAAUGUACACACGUUUGUGGAAUUAGCGUUUGUGUGGUACAACUUUAUUUUUGUCCUGCUAAGUGAGUGUGUCAAAGGGCAAGGCUAGUUUUAAGGGGUUUGAUCUGGGAGUACUGCCAGUUGGCUUUUAGCUGUGACAUGUGAAAGAUGCAAAUCCCUGUGAAAUCUUGUUAAAUAUUGUUUGAUAAAUAUCUAUAUUGUUCAACUGUUUGUGAAUUGCAUUUGAAAAGUCAUCAGCAUAUAAUAAAAGUAAGAUUACAAACAUAUUUUUAAAAUAUAGAAAAAUAUAUUUAUUCGUUGAAUUGUGGUAAAAUAAACUGCAACCAUGAGUAUACCAGACAGUGUGAAAAAGUGUGUAGCCAUUUUAAAGUCUGUUGAAACAGACUCAGAAAAAUUUGCUGCUUUAUUUAUGGUUACAAAAUUAGUAGACAGCAAAGACUGCACAGCUGCAGUUAAAAAGGUAUUGUUUGAAGCUAUUGGAAUUAAAUUUUUGAAAAAAUUAUUAUCUCCACAAACAGUUCCUGUGGACUGCCCACCACAAGUGUACAAGUCUGUGGCAUUAUCUAUACUUUCUGCAUUUUGUGGAGAAUCAGAAUUGGCUUCUCAUCCUGAUAUGAUUGUUCAUGUACCUGCACUGCUUGAAAUUGUUUCUCAAGCUGAUGAGGAUGCAGCUGAUGAUACAUUGAUAAUUGUCAGUGAAGCAUAUACUUGCUUGCAAAAUAUUGCUCAAUAUCCUCCUGGGCAAAAAGUUUUGCUUGAACAGAAAGCAAUUUCAAAAAUGUGUGAUAUUUAUUCUGAAAAAAGCUUUCAAACAGAUCAAGCUUUGAAUAUUUUAGUUACCCUAGUUGGAAGAUUUGGUCCAGAAGCAUGGGAUGCAACAGAUGCUACACCUUUUCAUGUUAUUAUAAAUAAGAUUGCAUUAGAUUUUGAAACAGAUCAUACAGAGAGAAAAUUUCAAUUGUGCACUAUUUUACAAGCUUUACUAAUGUCUUGUAGGAAAGACAUUAUUAGUGCAACUUCUAAAGAAGAAUCUUGGCCUUCUAGCAUUUAUAAAGGUUUGUUUGACAUUCUUGGAUCAAAAAUAGGCAAAAAACAACGUGAUCCAGCAUUGAAACUUGCUUCUGUAAUGAUGGAUUUAUUGGGAGCAGAAUGGACUUUAUUGGAUGAAGAGAAACCAAAAGUGCUUUUCUUGCUGUUGAUUCAAUUAGCAUCAAUAGAAGUUAGAAUGCAAGUAGAAGGAAAACAACUGAAAGCUGUAAUGACAAAUGCAGAUUUAGUAACAUCUUGUUUUAUUAUCCUUGAAAUUUCUCUUGCAUAUAUAACUAAUGAUCAGUUAGAUUUAGAUCAGAAAGAGAAACAGUCAUCAUAUAAUGUUUUGAAAGGAGCUUUUGCUGCAGUUAUAGGUCUACUUACAUCAAUUUCUAAGAUGAAGGAAAUAACAGAUAUCAAAGAACGAGUAUUUGUUUGUGCUCUAGUAAGAGUACUAGCAGCAUGGAUUGCUCAAGAAACAACAGCUAUGCGUUCUCAAGUUUAUGCAGUUUUGCCUUAUAUCUUAACAAUAGCCAAUGACACAUUUUAUGCACACAGAAAUAGAAAAUUGGCCGAAAAGGCAAAAGCAAAUGCUAAAGCCAAAAGUGAUGAGGGAACAUCAUCUGAAGAUCCAAUUUCACAUGAUCCUUUAAGUGAGGUUGAUGUAUUGAGACUGUUAUUACCAGCAUUAUGUUAUUUGACUGUAGAAGGAGAUGCUAGAAAAAUUUUACUUCAACAUAAACAAGAAGAAGUCUUGUAUGAAUGUCUAUCUUAUCAUUGGACAAUUGUUCAUUAUAAGAAGCCACCAGUUCCAAAAUCAGAAAGAUUAAAAGCAUUGAAAGAACCAGAGAAAGAAGAGGAUUUAGAACUUAGUACAUCAGAAGCAGUAAAAGAUUCAAGAACUGCCAUGGUUUCACUGUGCAAUGUUUUUAUGAAUAUUACUGUAUUAGAAUCAAAAUUAGUAGAAGAAUCACCAACCUUCAUCUCUUUACUGAAAUUUAUUUUCAGUAACCUACCAGAACUUAAACAAAUUCCGGAAAAUUUAGUACUGCAUGGUCAUCUUGCAGUUUUAGGAUUGUUAUUAUUGAAGCAACAGGCAAAACAUAUUAAGAAAAAUGAUUUUUCUAUAUGUCGAUAUAUUCAGGCUACUAUAAGAUUUUUAUGGGAUGCAUAUAUAAUUGAUGAGAGUAAUGAUCCAACUGAACUUGUUGUUGCCAUUUUAUAUAAAGAACGAUGGAUGGAAAUUACAGAACUGUGGUUUCUUGGAAUGCAAACAAUGGCUGGAGUGUUACAAGUUAUACCUUGGCUAGCACAAUUUACUCUUGAGUCAGGUUGGGCAGAAGAAAUCAUUGAAAUCCUCAAGAAAGUAAAGAUAGGAAGUCUUCAACCAAAUGUAAAGUCUGCUUUUGAAGAUCUUCUGUGUCAUUUGGUUAAAGCAGAUGAAAAUGUUGCUUCUGUUUUGAAGAAGUGUGGAGCUUUAACUGUGUGCAGAAAUCAUCGUAUGAUGGAACUUGGAAAACGUCUUUUUGGAGACUAA